AUGCUUAAUGCCGAACUCGUUGAUAAAACCUUUGCGACCUUUUUAUUCUUAAGUGUUAAAGUUGAGAGGUUAAAGUUAAAUGUUAAAGUUAAGGUUAAGAAGUUAAGUGUUGAGGUUGAAGUUGAGAAGUUAAAUAGAAACUUAAUCGUAAUCGAAGCAUUGCUUCGAUUUAUUAAAAAUAUACGAGAAGGUGGGAUUGGAUUGAGAUUGAGAUUGAGACUGCGAUUGGGAUUGGGAUUGAGAUUGAGAUUGGAUUGCGAUUGGGAGUGGAUUAGGAUUCGGAUUGAAGAAGAAGAAGAAGAAGAAGAGACGAGAGAAGAGAAAAUGUUGCUUCUUGUUUUACCCCGAGGUAAUCACGAAGAUGUCGCUGGAAGGCAGUUGCAAUGCCGCAGCGUUGACGGCGUGAUCUGCAAUCCGCCGUCCGCGAGAAGUGGGGAGACUGGAUACUUUUUUCCUCGGCGGACUUCUGGUUCUCCUCCUCUCCCAGCCAGCCCACCCAGCACACUCAACGGGCCACGCCAGCGCCGACUCUACACGCAAUAUGCUCGAGGAAGAAGCUCCGCGAGAGGAUACGCACUCGGAGACUUAGCGCGGGGCUUCUGA